AUGGGAAAGAAGGCUAUCCAGUUCGGCGGUGGUAACAUCGGCCGUGGCUUUGUCGCUGAGUUCCUCCAUGAAGCUGGCUACGAAGUUGUCUUCAUUGAUGUGGUGGACAAGGUCAUCAAUGAUCUGAAGAGCACCCCUUCAUAUGAGGUCACUGAAGUCAGUGAAGAGGGCGAGAAAACAAAGAAAAUUACCAACUACCGUGCCAUCAACUCCAAGACAAACGAGAGUGACGUUGUGAAAGAGAUUGCUACCGCUGACGUUGUCACUUGUGCCGUCGGCCCUAACAUUCUCAAGUUCAUUGCUCCUGUCAUUGCCAAGGGUAUUGAUGCUCGUACCGCGUCCAAGCCCGUCGCAGUGAUUGCUUGUGAGAACGCCAUUGGUGCUACCGAUACCCUACGCGGCUUCAUCGAGCAGAACACCGACAAGGACCGUCUCAGCACUAUGAGUGAGCGUGCUCGUUUCGCCAACUCCGCUAUCGACCGCAUCGUCCCCAACCAGCCUCCUAACGCCGGCCUCAACGUCCGCAUCGAGAAAUUUUACGAAUGGACGGUGGAGCAGACUCCUUUUGGUGAAUUCGGCCAUCCGGAUAUCCCUGCCAUUCACUGGGUCGAUCAUUUAGAGCCCUACAUUGAACGCAAGCUCUUCACUGUCAACACCGGCCAUGCCACCACUGCCUACUACGGUCACGUGCGCGGCAAGAAGAUGAUUGCUGACGCCCUUAACGACGCCGAGAUCCGCCAGACUGUCCACAAAGUUUUGGAACAGACCGCCAACCUCAUUACAACCAAGCACGAGAUCAGCGAGCAGGAGCAGAAGGACUACGUCGACACUAUCAUCAAACGUAUGUCCAACCCAUACCUGGAAGACAACGUUGAGCGUGUAGGACGGGCUCCCCUGCGCAAGUUGUCUCGCAACGAGCGCUUCGUCGGGCCUGCCUCGCAACUGGCUGAGAAGGGCUUGCCGUUUGACGCACUGCUCGGCUCGAUCGAGAUGGCUCUCCGCUUCCAGAAUGUGCCCGGCGAUGAAGAAAGCGCUGAAUUGGCCAAAAUCCUCAAGGAGAUGUCCGCCGAUGAGGCCACUUCCAAGCUGACUGGACUGGAAAAGAGCCAUCCUCUGUAUGAGCCAGUACAGAACGUCGUGGCCAAGGUGCAGAAGGACAGCAAGUAG